CGGGGAGUCCGAGGACAUCGUGGCGAGGUGCCAGGCGCUGCGCCAGCAGUGGGGCGCGGUGAAGAGCGACAAACUCUUCGGUGCGCUGCAGAAGUUUUCGGGCGUCGAGCCCGACGCGUCCACAUGCGGCCCAGGCGGCGGCGGCGGCCCCGACCUGAGCAGCGCGCUCUCGCUCUUGCAGGACACGGCCAGCAUGCCCGACCUGGAGACGUUCAAGCAGCAGCGGCUCAGCGGCUACAGGCCCUUUGAUGACGCGGCGAGUCCCUCCGCCAGCCGGUGGCGCAACGCAGAGGGGCACAUCGGCGGAGGCGCCGCGCAAGUGGGCGACCCGCCGAACGUCUUCGCCCAGGGUGCGGCGGACCCGCCCCGCCCGUGGGCCCACGCCGGCGGGCCGGAGGGCGCCGCUGGGCAGAUCCGCUUCGGGGGCUCUUGCGCGUCCGCGUGCCGCGGGGGCGACGUGGCCCCGCAGGCCGCGCACGCCCAGGGGCCCGGCGAGCUGCAGGAGGUGCGUGGGCGGCUGCUGGAGGCGGAGAGCGCCCUCGAGGAGAGGGGCGCUCGGGCGGAGCAGCUCCUGAGCACCUCGCAGGAGCUGCUCGCGCUGGUGAGAGGCCUGCUGGACCGCCCGCCCCACCCUGGCGAGCCGCUGUCCCAGUGGCAGCAGGACGUCGUCCAGCGGGCGGAGCAGGCCAUCCGCCAGGCGCAGCUGGGCGGCGGCGGGCCCGGCGCGCGGCCGCCCGCCGCGGCCGGCACCCUCGACUUCGCCGCGGACCGCGCGGGUUGGCCGAGCCAGGACCGCGCAGCGGCGGGGACCUCGCCCUGGAGGCCCACGUCGCCGUGCGCAGGGGCCGCGCCUCCCGGCGCCCUGCGGGCGGCCUCGCCGUCGCCGGCGCGCCUCGGGGGCCCGUGGGCCUUCGCGGCAUCCGCGACGGGGCCGCUCGACCAGUCGGGUGGCCGCUCCCUCUCGCCGGCGCCGGCGGCGCGCUCGGUGUCCCCGGCCGGCCACCUCUCCUGGGGCAGGAGGUAA